AUGGACUUCCGCGGCCAGUCGGAGACCGGUGGGUCGGGCGGAGGCGAUGGUGCGCGGUCGGCCCUUCCGCUGCUCAACUUCGGCAUGGGGUCAUCGGGGCUCAUGGCGUCCUCCGACCUCAUGGGCUCGCUGGGCGGCGCCGCCGGCGACGCGUCGCUCAGCAUGAUGGUCGGCCACGCCGCCUUUCAACCGCAGCCCGCUGGUAACCUGCCGCCUCUUAACACGCCGCAGCAGCAGCAACAGCAGCAGCAACAGCAGCAGCAGCAGCAGCAACAACAACAACAGUACCAGCAGCCGCAGUAUCAGCAACAGCUUCAGCAGCAGCAGCAGCAGCAGAGGUCGCUGCAGCUGUCGGCGGCGUCUGUCGCGUCGCUCCUCGGCACCACCGCGUCCGCCGCCAUGCCCAAUCUCGUCGGAGCGCCCCCCCCGGGGCCGCUGGGCGUGGGCUCGGGGAAGGGGCCUGGCGGCGGAGCGACGGCGGAGGAGCGGCGCAAUGUCGACUCGUUCUCGCUCGUUCCGACCGCCCCCGCGCGCAGCCCGCCACUCAUGGCCUCCACCGGCAACGCGACUGACGGCGGCGCUGGCCAAGCGAACCAAGCAACGGGCGUUGUCACGCCGAAGGCGGAGAACGGCGCAGGCGGCGCGGGAAGCGCUGGGAUGGGGGCGCGCAGCGACGGCAGCGAUGGGGAGCAGGGCGGGGGAAGCGGGCGCGACGAGCAGGAGCAGGGCGGCGAUGACGGCGCGGACGACGGCAUGGGAAUGGACGGCGCGGGCCGGCCGGUGGGCAUGCGGAGCGGGGGGCGCGUGGGGUCGAGCCGGUACGAAUCGCAGAAGCGGCGCGACUGGAACACGUUCGGGCAGUACCUGAAGAACCACCGGCCGCCCGUGGCGAUGUCGCGGUGCAGCCCGCAGCACGUGGUGGAGUUCCUGCGGUACCUCGACCAGUUCGGCAAAACCAAGGUGCACGCCGACGCCUGCCACUUCUACGGGCUGAGCGGCCCGCACCCGUGCGCGUGCCCCAUGAAGCAGGCGUGGGGCAGCCUCGACUCGCUCAUCGGCCGCCUGCGCGCCGCCUACGAGGAGAACGGCGGCAAGCCCGAGAACAACCCCUUCGCCGCGCGCAUCGUGCGCGUGUACCUGCGCGACACGCGCGAGCAGCAGGGCAAGGCGCGCGGCAUGUCGUACGAGAAGAAGAAGCGCAAGCGCCAGGGCGCGCAGCCGCAGGCGCCGCCCCCCAAUCAGCCACAGGCGAUGCAUGGCGGAGCGGGGGACGGCGGAAGGGGCGGGGACGGCGGCAGCAGCAGCAAGGACCAGGUGGGGACGUUCUCGCCGCCCGCCGUGGAAAGCGGCGUGAGGCACGGGCAGAACGACGCCACCGUCGGUGGCAGAGGCGGCGCGGGCGUCGGGGGAGGAAUGGGCGCGGGGAGCCUGCAGGAGCAGCGCGGAUUGGGGCACCUGCUGGGGGCCGGGGGAAACGCGCUGAUGCCCAUGGGCGGAGGGCAGGGCGCACCUGGCAGCAUUCAGCAGAACCAGCAGCCAUCCUCGCUGCUAUCACUCCCGUUACAGAGCCAGCAGCAACAGCAGCAGCGCAUGGGGGAGACGCAUCAGGGGGCGGGGCAGCAGGGGCAGGCGGGGCAGGGCGGGCAGGGACUGCUGGAGCAGUUCAACGCGACGCUGCGCAACCAGCUGGCGCUGCAGCACGCGCUUCAGGGCCAGGCGCCCAACGCGCUGGGCGAGCUCAGCGGUGCUUCGCUGCUGGAGCUGGUGCAGCUCGUGGGGGGUGGGGGACAGCCGCCCCCCCUGCAGCAGCAGCAACAGCAACAGCAGCAGCAGCAACAGCAACGGCAGCAGCAGCAGCAGCAGCAACCACAAAUGAUGCAACAUCAGCAGCAACAAUCACUGCAACAGCAGCAGCAGCAACAACAGCAGCAGCAGGGUGGACUGAGUCAGGUGUUGAGUCGGCUGCUGAUGGGGCAGGGCGCGGGUGCCCCCGGGGCCACGGACCUGCUGGGGCAGGUGGUGGGACUGCAGUCUCUGCCACCCGAAGCCAACCUGCUGGGCCAGCUGCUGCUCUCCCAGGCGCUGGGCGGUGGGGGCGGCAUGCCCAAUGGGAAGCCGCUGGGCAGCGGGACGAUGGGGGGAAUGGGCAGCAGCAAUGGUGGGGUGGGGAUGCAGAAUGGCAGCGGUGGGCGAGGGGGCAUGAGUGGAGGCAUGGAGUCGAGUGCAUCUUGUGCCCUCGCUGUUUCCCUCUCCGCUCUGCCGCUCUCGCCUCGCAUUCCCGCUGGCCUCUCACCCCCAUGCCUGUGCCCCCUCGUGCGCGUGUUGCGUGGCGCGGUGGCAUGCGUCGCGGUGGAUGGACAGGAGCACGCGCGGUACUGGAAGGACACGGCGCACCGCCACUUCAACGGCACCGUCCUCGCUUACGGAUGUCCCAUGGAGCGCCAUGCAAUGCGGGUCAAUGUCAUCCACUCCCUGUCGUGCGCUGUGCGCUGUGCGUGCAUGGCAUGCGCCCCACCCCCAUCAGGAACGGAGGAGGCUACGACAGGGCACGGCAGUUCCGCCACAAGUUCACGCACAUCUCACCCGUCUGGUUCCAACUCAAACGGUCAGCUCGCACCCACACCCCCGUGCCAAUGCCACCAUGCCAGAAACCGCCACUUGCGCGUGGUUUUUUUAUUCCCUUGUUUCUCCUCUCUCCCUCGCUUCACCUUCCAUCGAGUGCCACCCUCCUCUCAUUCCACACCCCACUCGCCCCAACCCCCAUGUGCCAACCGCUGGUCCCACAGAGAGGGCGGGCAGCUGCGGGUGGCGGGCGGGCAUGACGUGGACGUGCCGUGGAUGGACUCCGUUCGCCAGGAUGGCGCUCAGGUGGUGCCACGUGUGCUGCUGGAGGCCCAUGACACGUCAGGCAUCGUCAGCUCUGACGAUGACGCAUCUGAGGCCAUCCGGCUCAUUCUUGACACCUGCAGCCAACCCCCCGGCCCACCCGUUCCCCCGUUCCCCCCUUUCCCCCUGUCUAUCCGGUUGCCCCAUGCCCCUGGCAGGCAGCACCAUCUGGACGGCAUAGUGCUGGAAGCAUGGUCCACAUGGACGGCCACAGGGCUGCUCGCCUCACCCCCAAAGCGCGCGCGCGCCCUCGCCUUCCUCUCCCGCCUCGGCUCCGCCCUACACGCCACGCCCAACCCCGCCUCCCCCACCGCACGCCUCUCCUUCUUCCUCGUCAUCCCCCCCAACGCCGCCGCCGCCCUUCCCCCCGAGCAGCAGCGCAGCCUCCCUCCGCACGCGUUCACGGCUGCGGAUCUAGCAGCGCUGCAUGCGCACGUGGACGGGUUCUCCCUCAUGACCUACGACUUCUCCCCGCCGUCCCACCCCGGCCCCACCGCGCCGCUGCCGUGGGUGCGGCUGUGCCUGCAGGCGCUGCUGCCGGAGGUGGCGCCGCGGUAUGCCGGCGCGUAUGGCGAGGACAUGGGGGUGGGCGAGGAGGAAUGGCGGGAGGAGCUGCGGCGAGGCCGCGAGCUGAGGAGCUUUGUGGGGGAUGAGGAGGAGGAGGGGGAGGAGGGUGGGGUGGGAGGAGGAGAUGUGAGGGAGAUAGCUCGCAAGGUGUUGGUGGGACUCAACUUUUAUGGCUAUGAGUACGGCCCCAAUGAAGACUACCGCCCACUGCUGGGCAGGGACGUGGUGGAGCUGCUGCAGCGCUACCAGCCGCAAGUAUCGUGGGACCCCGAUGCAAGCGAGCACGCCGUGUCCUUCGCUGCACGCCUCUCGGGCAUCCGCCGCGCCGCCUUCUUCCCCUCGCUGCUUUCUCUCGCCCUGCGCAUGCGCGAGGCCAGUGCGUGGGGUGCGGGGCUGUCGGUGUGGGAGAUAGGGCAGGGCCUUGACUACUUCUUCGACCUGCUCUAG